AUGCCACACCGUGUCGGUUUAUGCUGGGCUGCUUGGUAUCUGCUCGUUUCUGCGUACUUACUUUCAAUUAAUGACGUUUACAUCAUGCGUACCUCUCAUGCAUUUGAACGAUUUACUCUCAGUUUAGUGCCACACGCGCAACGAACGAACGAAAUCAAGCGCAGGAUAACUGUUGAUCAGCAAGACGUCAAGUACGGAUCCAAUCGAUAUCGUGCAAAACUAGGAGCAGAAAAUAAAGUGUCAUCAGAGGAGCGCUACGACGACUUCCACCGCACCCAGUCCCAGUUGAAAAAAUUGAAAGAAACACUACCGCCCCUACCAACAUCUGAUCAGCUGUACAACGACAAUCAAAUGUUGCAGUGA